GGGUCAAGAAAAAGUGGUUGUUUUCUUUCCGAGCCGAUAGCGUUCCGGCAACAUGGUGAACGUUCCGAAAACCCGCCGGACCUUCUGUAAGAAGUGUGGCAAGCACCAGCCCCACAAGGUGACACAGUAUAAGAAGGGCAAAGACUCUCUGUAUGCCCAGGGAAAGCGGCGUUAUGAUAGGAAGCAGAGUGGCUAUGGGGGACAGACUAAGCCGAUUUUCCGGAAAAAGGCUAAAACUACAAAGAAGAUUGUGCUGAGGCUUGAGUGUGUGGAGCCCAACUGCAGAUCCAAGAGAAUGUUGGCUAUUAAGAGAUGUAAACACUUUGAAUUGGGAGGAGAUAAGAAGAGAAAGGGGCAAGUGAUCCAGUUCUAAUCUUCGUCUUCUGUUUUGUUAUGAAGACAAUAAAAUCUAAAGGUUA